AUGACCAAUGUUUCAGAUACCAACAAGUUAGACAACACAGACUUCUCCAUCCGCAUUUGUGACAUCAGCCUGGCCGACAUGGGCACUUACUACUGUGUGAAGUUCUGGAAGGAGCAACUUGCUGCAGAGAUGGUUCUGGACUUUGCAAUAGGCCAUUUUCAUCGGGCCACUUCAGACGGGGGGCAGGUGCCGUCCAUCUGCCUGCCCUCUAGGAACCCCAGCGGUCACCAACUUCUAGAUCUCAGCGAAAAGCUCCAGCUGUCUCUACAGCUGGGACUCACAGGAGUGGCCAGGCAGAAUGCAGAGCUGCAGGUGAUCCAGCCUGACAAGUUUGUGUCGGUGGCCGUGGGAGGGACAAUCACUCUGCGCUGCUCUGUGACCUCCUUGCAUCCUAUGGGUCCUGUCAAGUGGUUCCGGCAGAGAGUGGGUGGCCGGGAGGAGAUCUACAACUACGGGAAAAAAGGCUACUACCCCCGAGUGACCAAUGCUUCGGAUGCCACCAAGAGAGACAACCUGGACUUUUCCAUCCACAUUCGUGACAUCAGCCCAGCCGACACAGGCACCUACUACUGUGUGAAGUUCCAGGCGCAGUUUGUGGAAGAUGUGGAGUUCAAGUCUGGGCCAGGCACCCAGGUCACCUUGAGCGCCAAACCUUCUCGUCCAGAGAUCUCCGGCCCCACUAAGAGGGCCCCGUCCCGGCACACCGUGAGCUUCACCUGCAGGUCCCACGGCUUCUUCCCCAGAAAUGUCAGCCUGAGGUGGUUCAAAAACGGGAACGCACUCUCAGCCUCCCGGACCAGUGUGGACCCCCCGGGGGAGAGCACCUCCUAGAGUGUCUCCAGCACAGCCAGGGUUCAGCUGACUUAGGCAGACGUGCGCCCCCAGGUCAUUUGUGAGAUCAACCACAUCACCCUGCGUGGGGGCCCACCUCUCCAUGGGACAGCCAGCUUGGCUGAGACCAUCCGAGUUCCACCCAUGCUGGAGGUCUCCCAGUUUCCUGCAGUGGGCAACCAGGUGAACCUCACCUGCCAGUUGAAGAAGUUCUAUCCCCGGAAACUUCAACUGACCUGGCUGGAGAACGGAAUUGUGCCCCGGGCAGAAACGGCCUCACUCCUCCUAGAGAACAAGGAUGGGACCUUUAACCGAACCAGCUGGCUCCUGGUGAACUCCUCUGCCAAGCAGGAGAAUGUAGCCUUCACCUGCCAGGUGGAGCACGAUGGGCAGCCGGUGCUCACCAAAUCACACACCCUGGUCUCAAUCAAACAAACUGAGCCAUCCCACAUACAUUUCCUCCUGGGCUUCCUCUUCGGUCUCAAGGUGCUGUUGGUGCUUUGUGUGUCUGCCAUUUACCUCUGCAAGAAGUUCAAUAUGACGAUUCUCAACAUCCAAGAAAUAGAUGAGUCCCUGGAAGAAGACUGGGUUAAGAGUGUUCAGAGAUAG